CGACGGGGCGCGGGGCGGAAGCGGGGCAGCCCCGCCCGCGGGGCGCAGUGCCCCACCGGCCGUGCGGAAACACGGCGACACGGCGGCGGGGCCGCUCCUUUGUCACCGCCCGGCACCAUGGAGGCGCGGGCACAGCCGCGGCCAGGAAUGGAGGGGGAAAACCUGAUUUCCGCAACAGACACGCAGUACUCUAGUUCACUCCUUCAGUCUUUGAACGAACAACGUGGCCACGGGCUUUUCUGUGAUGUUACUGUUAUUGUGGAGGAACGGAAGUUUCGAGCUCACAGGAACAUUCUUUCUGCCUCGAGCACUUAUUUCCACCAGCUUUUGUCGGUGGCUGGGCCGGUAGUUGAAUUGAGCUUUGUGAGAGCUGAGGUUUUUGCCGAAAUACUUAAUUAUAUAUAUAGUUCCAAAAUAAUCUCAGUUCGAGCUGACUUAAUUGAUGAAUUGAUUAAAUCAGGGCAGCAGUUGGGUGUUAAAUUCCUAGCUGAUCUGUCUGUAGCUCCAUCUGAUGGAAGAAGCGUGCCAGGCGAGGUCAAAAACGGUGCUUUGAGAACUUCAGCUUCUGGCCCCACUCAGAAGGAUGCUGAGACACAAGUACCUGCCAUCAGGCAGGAAUGUCGAGAGGGGACGGGUUGGAUGCCAGUUAUAACUGAAUCGUUCUCUCUACAUGGCAUAGCCUACGAGACUCCAAAAAUAACAGUGACUGAUUCAGAUGAUGAUGACGAUGUCAUCUUUUGCUCCGAGAUUGUUCCACCAAAAGAAUGUACUAAAGACGCAAGUGCUGCAAUCCAGAACCAGCCUUGCCCAAAUGCACUUGGAGUUUCUGACCCAAAGUCAUGUGGCAGUGGUGGCUCCCCGCUUUUGUCUAGCACCACAUUGGCUCAAAAACUUAAUUCCUCUGCUAAUCAGCUGAACCCAAACCAAACACUGUCAGGUGCUGAAUCACUCAUCCCUGUGACACCACAGCAUUCGACAACUGAGCUCAUUUUGCUGAAUCGGCCCCCAGUUAACCCCUUGCCCAGUGUCAGCUCCUCGCAUCAAACGCACAUGCCCCCAACCAUUAAUCUGGUUGAGGACAGCCGGAAGCCAUCUGAUAAAAGUCCCUCAGCUGAAGUGGAAACCGCUGCUGUUGAUGUAGAAGAGGUGGUUGAGGACAGCGAUGAAGUCAUCAGCUCCUCUAGUCCUAGUUCAGUCAGCAAUAGCUCUUCGGUUCAGCAACCUUCUGUACCCAAAGCGGCACCCUCUGAAGGAUCAGGAGUACAGAAAAAACAGCUCGUUACGUUUCCACAAGAGCAAACUUCUAAACCUGGAGAAUUUAAAAUAAAAAUCUCGGAUGUGCUUAGUGGAAACAACAAGGAAUUUGGUCCGGGUAUAGCAUCAAAACACACGGGAGAAGGGCAGAAAAUCAUAACGUUAGAUAGGGCAGCUGAAAUAGGAGGCUUAUCCACAGGCUGCAAGGUUUACGCAAAUAUUGGUGAGGACACUUACGACAUAGUCAUUCCAGUUAAGGAUGAUCCCGAGGAAGGAAAAGCCAAGCCUGAUGAAACCCCUAGAACAUCUGAUGGUGAUUCCUCGAGCAGGAAACGCAUGAAAGUAAAGCACGAUGACCAUUACGAGCUGAUAGUGGAUGGAAGGGUCUACUACAUUUGUAUUGUGUGUAAGAGAUCGUACGUGUGUCUGACAAGUUUACGGAGACAUUUUAAUGUUCAUUCCUGGGAGAAGAAGUAUCCGUGUCGAUACUGUGAUAAAGUUUUCCCUCUUGCAGAAUACCGCACGAAGCAUGAAAUUCACCACACUGGUGAGCGGAGGUACCAGUGCUUGACGUGCGGCAAGUCUUUCAUCAACUACCAGGUUAUGGCCUCACACGUAAGGUCAGUUCAUAGCCAAGACCCUUCGGGAGAUCACAAGCUUUAUCGACUGCAUCCUUGCAAGUCUUUGCGGAUCAGACAGUACGCAUACAUUUCUGAUCGCUCAAGCAGCUUACCGGUAAUAAACGAGAAUAGAAUUGUUUAUCAUGUUGACGCAGCAAAGAAUGGCACUGAAGGAACAACAUCUAAUUCUCCAGGCAAACAAAUGAGCUGGGAUGAUAUUUUCGUUCCACGGGGAAAUGAUGCAAUUUUCAAGCAAAAUCAAUCAGAGGGUAGUUCUGAAUUUGAGUUUGUAAUACCAGAAUCUUACUGAGAUGCAUUACAUACUGGGAGAAGGCUUCAGAGAGUAUAUACUGCAGCUUUUACAAACGAACUAUUAAAGUAACUGUAAAACAGAUUGUUCAGAGCAAAAACAUGUGAACUUGUUCGACAAAGUCAUCAAAUGGUAGUACUUAGAUGGGUCGUUAGUAGCUGCAAAUAACUUGUUGAAGCGAUUCCUUGGAAGGUGUACUUGAAUACUGAUUCAGACAUUUCUAAGGAGCUGGCAGUGUUUGCAAGUACGUUCAUUUUGAUCAGAACAUGGGAAUUUGUGGCUGGAAAAAGGUGCAGCUUUCUCCUAAAGAGCGAGAAAACUGAUUUCUAAAGUAAUUCGAGGUAUUUCUUGUACCCUACUUAGGUAAAUCCUUUCUUUCAUGUUAGCACUUUAAUGCUGAAUUGUGCUUCAUGAUUCAUGAAGAAAACAGUAAGAUUUUCUAUGGCAGUGUUUUCAGUAUCAAACCACCGAAGAGAAUCAUAGGCCUUGUGUUAUUUUUCUGAAUAACAUGUUACCGCAAGGGUCCAAACUGACUGAUCCAGCAGAUUGGAGCAGUGCAUUUUUCAGCUAACAUCUUAAUUGUGCUUUUAUAAGCAAUACGAAUCAUCUGUCUUCACGCAGGUAUUCUUGCCGAUGAGAGAUACUCAGUUUGGUUUAACUUGAGCACGCUUUUAAUUGUGCUAGGCAGUAUGGUAAGUGGGAUAGUCAGUGUCUGGACCAUUCUGUUUCAGUCUCUGCAUCAGGGAAAAGGUCAGUGCUCAGUAGUGCAGGAAUCAAGAACACAAACUUUUUUUUUCUUCUCCCUCAAGAAAGGUUUCAGUGUGGUAUAAAAAAAGUAAUCCCAAAGGCUUUGAAAUUUACUUAGGAUGGAUAAAUCCUCUGAGUGCUGCAUCGGUGCUGAGGCUGCUGAGGAUCUCCUGUAUGUCUUUGGCUACAUCUUUAAGUGGGACAGGAAUUUAGUUUUCUAAUUCUCCCAUUUCUGGGGGGUGUAAUCUUACGAUAAUGAUGUGACUGACGUUCAGAAAAUGCCUGCCAUCCCUCAUACUCCACUGCAUCAUCUCUACAAUUGCCUACUUGUCAUCUGUUUUCACUUUUAGGCUGCUUCUAUUGCUCCUUUUCCUUACAUUCUUGGGCAGUGAGAAGAUAAUUAGGAGAAAUCCAACAGGAGCAAGAGAAGGAGACCUGAGGAAAAACAGCAUUCGUAGUGUAGCACUUCAGGUUUAGUGGCUUACUGCAUUUUUCUUCGUGGUAAGAUGAAAGCUGCUCAGAAGUUCUAGUGGUUACUGAGGAAGACUGUUGUGCAUAAUAGUAGUUAGUUACCGUUGCUCUCAUUGCUUAAACCUUUUUAUUUUCAAGUUUCAGAUAAGUACUUGAUCCUCUGACCUUCAAUGUUAAGGCUUAGGCAUGCAUUUUAGACAUGCAAGGUAUUUAAAUAGUAAAUGGUUCAAAUACAGCUUGAGCAGUAAGAAAGGGUGCUGGAAAGGUGGGAGAAAGAGGAGAAUCUCUUUUCUUUUUAUGUGUGUUAUGCAGCAUUUCUGUUUCAUAGGCCAAAAAUGUUACAUGCAUGGUUGUUUUCCAGACCGUGUUGCAACCCCUUUGAAUGUAAGGGGGUAUGCUUUCAGAUGUUACAUGUUGGAUGUAGUCUGAGAUGGCAUUUCAGCAGCUUCACAGCAAUAACGUACUGAUUGCCCGGUGUAGCUGGCCACAUGCUACAUAGGAAUGUCUUGAACGUACCGUCAUGGCAAAUGCAAUGGUUUUGUUGUGGACAUGACACACACGGAAUGAAGCACACACUGCAUUCAGUUGUACUGAAAAAUAGUGGCUACAAAUGUACUAAAAAACUUAAACUGUGCCUACUGAUGGUCUUUUUGUGGAGGAAAACUGGAAAAUUAGGGCUCUGUAACUGUAUUUCUGCUAGAAGACUCGUGCGUGCCUGCUGUCUCAGGGGCUUCAGUUUUCCUUGGAAGUGAUAUUUGAUAUCCAAAGUCCAGAGGUCACAUAAUGUGGGUUGUUGUUAGUUUUUAAUUCUCUAUUUAUUGAUUUGGAAACACAUCAGAUCCCGUCUCUUUAAGCUUUUUGUUUGUUUGUUUGUUUGUUUAACGGGGCCAUGAGCAUUUGUGUUUUAAUUUCUGGUUUUGACACUUGUGUUUGUUUGUUUUUACCAUUAACGUCAAGAAAGGCAAUUACGUGACUAAGAAAUUGCCUGGGGGUAAGGAAAGGAAAAGACUGAAUCUGAAAAAUCAUUUACAUCAAACUCAAACCAUUUCAGAGCCGUACCCAGCAAACCUCACGGCCAUUCUCACACAGCUAACAGCCCAAACGGAGCUGCCACAAGAUGUAAUAACAGGGACGGCGUUGGCUCUGUAUGGUUUCUUUGGAGGUUCAUACCAUAGCAUUCCAGUAAGUGAGCUAAAUAAAAAUGGAGAUGAAAAGAAAUUGGCUGCUUAUUUAUUUUGUACCGUUAAGGCAUGCAGCUUAGGAAACUAUGCAGAAGCCAACAACUACACGUGAGCAUUGAGUUCGACAGCUAUUACCUACGGACUGUUCCAUGGGAAACACUGCUAACGUUUGCCACAUCUGUAAUGUAUAUACUUGUACAGUCUUUCUUGAACAUACUUUUUAAAGUUGCGUUCUACUUUUCAUUAAUCGAUACUUGAUAUUAGUUCUUAGAGCUUUCUAUGGCAAAAAUAAAAAGUUUAAUUCUAGA